AUGAUUACUAUCACGUGCGACGCUAGAGCUUCACCCAUUUUUCAGGACGAAGUGCCCCUCGUAGCUUGUUCUUCUACGCGCAAAUCAUCAACGCCAACGAGAUUGGACGAAUGUAUAUUAUGCCAAACAAAAACGCGAUCCGAUUACCUUUCGAGUGGUGAAACGGGCAGGGCACGGAUUGUUUCUCUUGCAAAAGAAGAUGGCAGUGAUGACAGCCGAGCUAAAAGGGUCGUAGAUUUAUCGGUGCAAGAAAUGGAAAUUAUGAAAUACCAUUCAUCAACGUGUUAUAAGAAGUUUCAGAGAGAUAUGGAAAAGAAAAGAAAGGAAGAAAGCAACGAUGUAGAACCAUCUGUAGCAGUCGAUGAUGCAGGAAAUGAUAACGAUCAACGCAGAAAAAGGCUUAAGGCGAAUGAUAUGAAACAGGUAUGUGUCAUUUGUGGCUCAGAUCGUAAGACCGUAAAGCAGCAGAAAGUGCAUAAGUUACUGAGAAUGUGUGAAAAACAAAUCGCUCAAAAGUUACUAAAUGCAGCUAAGUUGCUCCAAGACCGUGUAUAUACUGAAACAGCAGCGAUGUGUGGUCCAGAAGAUGUUUUCGCAGCAGAUAUCUACUAUCACAGCUAUUGUUGUAAAGAAUACUUCAACAAGUACAACUUGAAAAUUAUGGAAAUUAUGAAAAGUCUCGAGGCUGAAGAAUCCGUGGCAGCAGGAGACGAAAUUCUGAAGGAAAGGUUUCUGGCAUUAAAACUUGAUUUUCAGAACACGGCAUACAGUCUUUCUUUUAUCAGAGAGAAGCUAAAUGAAAAUUCAACCUUUAGUUCUACAGUUACCAACAGAACUGUCAAGCAAUUGAUCAUCGAAUUAUAUGGCGGCGAUGUCUGCUUUACUUAUCCAAGCAACAAACGGAUAUCUCAGACGGUGUUUUCGACAGGACGUGAUCCACAAAGUUUGGUAGAAGCGAUGCGAGUGUCAUCUGUCCAACAGGUUGCAACCACAUUAGCGCAGGAGUUGAAAGAUUACACAUUUGGAUUGCAAGAGAGCUUUUGUGAACCACGAGAUCUGCAGUUAUCCGCAAGCAUGUUGCUAAAGAAUCCGCCACCGACAUGGGAAAAAUUUUGUUCGCAUUUAUUCCAUGGCAGACAGGUUUCACGAGUUAAAAUGGACGUCGUUUUUCAAAUUCUGCAUUACGCUUUGAGUGGCGGUAAAGAGCCAACACCUCUCCAUAUUAUGGUUGCUGAAGGAAUCCUAAGUCUAACAAGAUCGAAAGAGCUCGUAACUGCAUUGAAUCGCCACGGUAUUUGUGCCAGCUGCAACACCGUCUGGAGAAUCGACGUUGAUAUCGCAGAACGGAUUAUCACUACAGCAGGCGAUAACAGAGUGCCACUUCCCGCUGUUCUUGAAGCCACAAGUCCACUGAAUGGAGCAAUGGAUAAUUUUGAUCGCAACGAAAGCACACUGGCUGGCACAGGCUCCACACACGACACUAUCCUUGUACUUUUCCAAAAUGUUCCAGUCAAUGAAGAAAAGCCAUCCGAGGGAAGUGAAAUCUCGACAAGACUACGUGUUUCUCAAGAUCGGAUUUCAGUCAGGCUACGAUCAAAGGUGACGUGUCAGGAACUUAUCCGGAUGGGACCAAUGAAACAUAGAGGAGAGAUAGACAUAUCAGCACAAGAUACAUUGACCGCGGUAUUAUCGAAUGGUGAGCCUAAUUCCUUAACCGUAGACGAAUUUCCUGUUGGAAACGUAUCAAUUGCUAGUGUCACUAAUACAGCUGAAAUGGUUGCAAUCACAACCUCGUCCCCAGGGUCUUCCUCGUGGUGGCGCGUGAGCUGAGGAAGACCAUAGCUCAGUGAGGAAGAUCCUGGUAAAAUGAAAUCUCCAAGAUUCUUGGAGAUUUAUCGCAUGCGCAGUAACGACGUUAUGUUAAUUGCUGACUACAAUUAGCGCUGGCGCUUACGAUUUUCGUGCUUAAAAAUAUACAUGUUUUGUUGAGUGUUUAUGUAUUUAUUCUCAAAGUUUUAACAAAUUUUACGAAAAAUACUUCAGAUAUAAGCUGUGAACACACAUGUACACAAAACUAUGCAACAUUCAUCAUCAUAUUGUAUCAAUUUGUCAGAGUAUGGCGCUCAUAUUUGUGACAUCGUUUUGUUCGCUCUGGCAACCCUCGUAUAUAUCAGAUGCUAUUCGGCUUCAAAUGCGACUGAAUAAACACUGAUAGUGUUGCCUGGAAUAUGAAAUGAUAUUGAUUGAUUGUUCUGUAUAUCAAGGUACGUACUGUACAUUUAUACUGAAUUUAUUUUCACACGAAUUUCAAACUAUUUCAGCCUUUAAUGAACAGUGAGAUCACUAAUAUACAGUCAUACAGAAAGACUCCAUAUUUUCUCAUCAAUUCUGAUUAUCGUUACAAGUAACAGUAGAAAUGCUUCAAAAUUUAUUCUGAUUUCAAUGUAAAGCAGGGCAGCAUGCUUUUAUUUUGCUUUGGUGGUAGUCACCACUCACCAAGUCAAACGGGCCAUUCCAUUUAAUAGCCCCCCUAAGAGAUUUCCUAAAAAUUAGGUGUUUUAGUGAUAUCCAAAGGGGCAGAAACAAUAUCCUAAAGGGGUAGAAAGAUAUCCAUAGGGGUUCCAAAAUUGCAUCUAAUGGGAUUCCAAAAUUUUUAAGGUAUUAUGAAGAGACCCCUCAAUAGGGUGUGUGUGGGAGGGGCUAUAUUAGAUGGAAUGGCCCGGUGUGCUGCAACAACUUUUAAAAUUUGUAUAUAUGUUUUUAAGGCACAGUAUGUAAUGGAGUUUGAUAUGAUGAUCAGCACAACCUGAAGGUCUUGACUGAAUGGACAACUUAUCUGAUAUACUCCUAGUUCCAAUAUACUUUGCUGUAUAUUAUCACCAGCUCAGAUGUCAGUUGGAUCACUUUGAAUGAACAUUGGAGUGGCACAAUAAAGUGUCUGUAUUAGGGAGGAGUCUAUAAGGACAGAAGUAAAAGGCACACUUUUGGAUAUUUGAAUCAUAGCAACUACAUAUAGUGUAGGUUUCAAAUAAAGUUUGAACAAUGUACAACUGAAAAUAAAAAUAUAUUUAAUUUGAAACACUUAAAGGAAUUACAACAUAUUAUAUGAUAGUCAUAUGUACAUGAUUAUAGGUAUAUUCAUUAGUUUUACUAGCUGAUAUUUAUGACCAUCCUGGGUGACAACAUUUAUUUUUCCCAAGAGAUUUUACUUGCAUGAUAGUAAUAAGUUUAAUAGUAACAGAGAAGUGUGUUGGAUAUGUGAAAGUAAUUAUCAUUAGAAAUACAAAUAUUAAACUGUAAUUUUGACCAUUGUAAAUGUAUUAUUAAAGAAACAAAAUACAAAAGUCAAACAAGGCUAUUUAACAUAAUACAGUCAUAAUACUAGGUUAUUAAAUAACUACUGAAUAGAGGGAUCAUGAAAAUCUUCUAAGAUUACUAUCAUAGCUCUGUAACAGGGAAAGGUAUAUUGAGAUUCUUCACCUUGAUGAACAAAAUCAAAUAGCAUUAAAAAACUAUAAUGCCAUCAACUAAUUCCCAUUUAAAAAUUUUCAUGUUGGUCACUGUGAAAUAUAAUCUUGAGGCCAUCUUAAUGAUUGUUUACUAUCUGAUUGAUGACAUGAUUUAAUAUAUAUAUUUCCAUGGAAUUCAAGUUGACUUUUUCCCAAGUUCAUGUAAAAUAUGGUUCACCUGUUAAAGUAAUAAAAUGUUUAUUAGUUGUUUUGUAACAGAACAGUACCUGCUUUAAAGAAAAUAUAAGAAAGAGAAAAUCGAAAUAACAGUUGUACUGUAUAUGGAAAACAGAAUAAAAUCUUUCUAAGCAUUUCUACUGUUAUCAUAAUUUUAUUAACUGAUGAGAUAAUAUGAAGUCUUUCUGCAUGUUAAAAACUGUGAUUUCUGAAGAAGUCUUUCUGCAUGUGUGAAAUGAAGUCUUUCUGUAUGUGUGAAACUGUGUUAGAAAAUGUGAUUUCCGAGACUCUGAGAAAAUGCGAAAGCAACGUGUGAAAAUAAAUCGAAUAAAUUCAGUAUAAAUGUACAGUACAUACCUUGAUAUACAGAACAAUCAAUCAAUAUCAUUUCAUAUUCCAGGCAACACUAUCAGUGUUUAUUCAGUCGUAUUUGAAGCCGAAUAGCAUCUGAUAUAUACGAGGGUUGCCAAAGCGAACAAAACGAUGUCACAAAUAUUAGCGCCAUACUCCGACAAAUUGAUACAAUAUGAUGAUGAAUGUUGCAUAGUUUUGUGUACAUGUGUGUUCACAGCUUAUAUCUGAAGUAUUUUUCGUAAAAUUUGUUAAAACUUUGAGAAUAAAUACAUAAACACUCAACAAAACAUGUAUAUUUUUAAGCACGAAAAUCGUAAGCGCCAGCGCUAAUUGUAGUCAGCAACAUAACGUUGUCGUUACUGCGCAUGCGAUAAAUCUCCAAGAAUCUUGGAGAUUUCAUCGUAUUUUACCAGGGUCUUCCUCAGCUCACGCGCCACCACGAGGAAGACCCUGGGGACGAGGUUGUUGCAAUCACGCCAGAAGAUGACGUACGUUUAAAAACAACAAGCCCAAUAACAGAUGCAAGCGGCAUUCCUUCCAUGAAAUCAAUCAGUUUGGACUAUUUUCUGUGGCCGGUUAAUCGACUAUCAAAAAGGGCGGCCGAUGAGAAUUCUUUUGUUCCAGGAUUCACAGCCGUUAGAAGCUCGUUAACUAAUUUAAAUUUUCAUGACACCACAAAGAUUCUUACUCCAAUCUUACCGUAUCCAGCUACUACAUACGAUGCAAUAUUCACCACAAUGAUAAAUUUCCAAGACGCUCUCAAGCAGAAAGGAGAUACGUAUGGCGGUUUGUGGGCAGACGAAGGUGUAUACCGCAUUGCGAAAGAAAUUCAACUCCUAAAGCCAGAUAAAUUUAGCAACAUAUUUCUUGGUCUUGGAGGGUUUCAUAUGGAGAAAAUUGUGUUCGCGUGUCUUGGCGCAUAUUUGGAACCGUCGGGAAUAUUUUCUGUUUUAGUGGAAACCGAGUGCUAUAGUACGGAUGCUAUCAAUGGUGUGAUUUCUGGUUCCUAUUAUUCCAGGGCUCGUACAGCCCAUUCUUCGAUCAACGAGGUUAUCAUGUCCUUGAUGCUAGAGGCAUUCCAAGCAGAAUAUCCAGAAAAGAGUGUCCUAUUUGAAGACCUUUUGGUAGACUGUCAAUCUGAGGAGAUGACAACUGAUUAUUGGAACACCAUAAAGGAGCACUCUAAAGAUAUAGAGGAAGACUUCAAAGAUUUCAUGAAAGAAAAAUCACGGCAAUCCCAGUCAUUUGCUUAUUGGUUUACGUAUGCUUUCGAGCUUUUUCCAAUAGCAGGAGAUCUUACAAAUUCAAUGCGUUCUGGUGACUGGAUACUUUAUCUUAGUGCUGUUGAAAGAGCAACCUCGCUGUUUUUCUUUUUUGGACGGACUAACUAUAGUAGAUGGACACCAUUAUUCCUGCAGGAUUGUUACCAAUUAAAAGAUAAGUUUCCACUUCUCUAUACCUCAUACAUGAAUGGCGGAUUUGUUGUAAAUACCAACAGAACAGGCAGUGGGGUUCCGUUUGACCAAGCUUUGGAGCAAAGCUACAACCGACAUGCUAAAGUUAGUGGUGGUAUAAUUGGUUUUACUAGAAAGAAAGACGCUGUGGCAUUGUGGGGUAUAAUCAAACACAAGAAAGAUGAAUACGUUCACCUCCUUAAGAUGCAAGAUGAUGUAGACGGAGAAUUGUCAGUUCAUCACGAUUUUAACCAGAGCAGUGCAAAAAAGAUGAAAGAAUUGGUGCAAGAAAUAGAAAGAAAAUUACCUUCUGAAAGUUUGUAG